AUGUUCUUCGUCCGCUUCGUGUCGUCUAUCUUCUUCCUCUCGCUGAUUGUUCUUACUAUUCCUCUCACUUUCGACAUAGGAGGUCGAGAUGCUGGACUGGCUUAUUCACUAUCGCUAGCCUCGUUCUAUUUCCUCCUCUCUUUGUUGCGCGUCUCAACGCCAGAACGUGCGCCCAUCCGAAGAGUCUUCAUCAAUACGUUACGUGGGCUACAAUGGUUCAUACUGCCCAGCUUGUGUCUGUGGGCGUUGGGACGGUUCUCGAUAGAUGCCGGUCCCGAUGGUGGAUGGGUCGAGCGUACAUUCCGGCUGAAGACAGAGAUCCUCAGCAACAGGUCCAUUUCCCAGUACCUCUUCGGCCAUGAGGGUGUCCUCGAAACCGUCGCGAUUGGUGGCUGGGAUAAGCUGCUGCGCUGGUCAUCUCCCAUUUUCCAACUUCUCGAGGGCUUCUGCAGUCUGCUGGUGAUUCAAGCCAUUGGGCAACUGUCCCGAUGGUUGGUCAACAGGAGCGAAUGGAGCGACUUCUGGAUGCUGAGCGUCAUUGUAGGCGCGGCCAGCGUCAGCUCAGGCUCUGUCUACUUUCUUUGGCGCGUCCUGCAAUUUCCGGACAUCUCCAGCUUGGACUCAACUCUCAUCGGCAUUGCGAUCGCUUCGGCCAUCUUUCUAUGCGCUUACGGCAUCGUUUCGGGACGGGGAACAGCAGUAGAAUCGUCGCUGCUUUUCGCCUACAUCGUGCUGUGUAUUUACCAGAUCUUUACCGACUACAAGCCCAAUGAGCCGGUCGAUGCAUCCUUGAUGGCCGAUGGCGCACCUGCACUCCCACCAUUCCCGCCGAUCAUCAUGUCAUCCUACACAGCCGUGGUCCAGCUUCUUUCAGCACUUCCUGGAGUACUGUGGGAUGUGCUGGACGUCAUUGCCGCUGCCUUCAAGGCAGUUGCCGCCUCGGUACUCAUCUCGCUUGGGUACAGACUCUUCGUUUUCUAUGCCUCAACGAGGAUUAUUCCAGCCAUCAACGAGAGCGGUGCCAGAGGCCUCAGCAUCGAGCCGACUUUGGAAGACUCGAAUGCUGGCAAUCAGUUCCUGGCCUUUCUCAGCUGGUUCUCUCCUAGCAUCCUCAUCGCCGUCUACACCAGCUUGCUCAUGCAGCAUUUUGCGACCACUAUAGGCGGCUACUCGCCAGGUCUCACCGAGACCAUCGGCGCCUGGUGGCACGGGAACGGACAGCCAGGCAUGGACGGCAAUAUCUGGAAAUGGGUCAAUCUGAUUGGUACCAUGGCACUGUACGCAGUUGAGCUGUGGCUAGGUAGGGAAGACGAGAUUGAUGGCACUCACUGGAAAGUGGAUUGA